GGGGUGCAGUCAUUCAUAUAAUGACUAGGUGCAACAGAAAGAGGCCAUUCAUAGUUCAAAAACCAGGCCUUGGUGGACUUCCCAGAAAUAACUCAAUUCAGCCUUCCUCAAAAUGGCUGCCAUUCAGGUGGGACUUUACAAAGGGGGCCCAGCUGGAAUCUGGAAAUCAUAGAAAUUCCCUCAGAGCUGGCCAUGGUAAACUAUUCCUUAAACAUCCCACAUGCCUUUAAAAUCCUGUUAAAAUCUAAGCAACGUUACAGCAUGUAACAAUACAACAACCACAGGAAAAUCAGCAGGCAUCGAGAUUACCUGGCCACAAUUUUCCCUAGAGAGAUUAUGGACAGUGCUGGGAUUUAGGAGAUCCACUUUCCUCUCAGCCAUGAAACUCGCUCCAUGACCUGAUGCUGCUGCCAGUUGCCUUCUGUCGGCCUGAACUACCUGAGAGGGUUGGUAUGAGAGCAAAAAGAAGAGGAGGAGAGCGACAACACCAUCUGAUCAAAGAACAGCAGAGAUAUGGCUGUCCAUGUAAUUAAGAAGGUUGUUAGCAGCAGCGAUAGAACUGGCAAAGCAAUUUCAAGGAGGAUUUAGAAAACAGCUUGCCCUUCCACUAUGAAGAAACUCUCAAAGGCUAGUUGGGGAUUUGACAACAUUCCACCCAGACGUCAUUGAGCCAUCCUGAACGACUGACUCUCUUCAGCAAAUCUGUUUCCUCACUGCUAACUGUUCCCUUGAGCAUCCAGCAGAGGUUGCUACAGCCCGCACCCUGCCACCCCACUUUGCAACACAUGGACCGAGCAGUGCCCUGGAUGGCAGAUUGGGCACCCUGCUUCCAGCUUGCUGCUGCUGAAGUGCGGACUCAGAUCACCAGGGACUUGCUACUGGCAUCCUGCUACCCUGCAGCCUGGUGUUGACCCAGAUUGGCUGGCAUCCUGGAUCCAGCAGUACAUAAGCAUCCUGACGGCCAUCCCCUGAACCAGUUGGUUGACCAGGCAUCAUGUCAGGCGAUUACGAUGAAGAUAGACACCGCAGGGCCAUGGAGCUUCUUCAUGUGCUCUGUGCCAACACCUGCGCUGCCCAGGAACGUGAGAAGUGUCAGGAAUUGACAGGCCAUGUGGGACCCCUCAACACAGAGAUCCUGGUCAGCCUCCUCUCUGUGAUCGUGACCUUCUGUGGCAUCGUGUUGCUGGGUGUCUCCCUCUUUGUCUCAUGGAAGCUGUGCUGGAUCCCCUGGCGGGAUAAAGGGGCCUCACAAACCCCACGGAAAGAACAGUUCCUUCACGCGCACCUCCACCACUCGCCUUUCGGGGAUCUCCUGGCUGAGCGGGUGGAGCUGGGCCCCGAGAUGCCCGAGAGGUCCUACCUCGAUAUGGAUUCCUACCCAGAGGCCAACCUCAAGGUCAGCCAGACCUCCCCUGACCUCCCAGUAGAAGGCCAGACUGGAACUAAGGAAGGCUCCAUUCCAAAUGCCCAUUCCCACCAGCAAGUAGCAAGCUUAGCACCCACACCCAGGUAUAACACACUGCCACGUCCUGUGACCCAGCAGCAGCUGAGCAGCCCAGACACCAGCGUCCAUAUCGGAGGGGAGGAGAAGGUUGAACAAGUAACCAGCAUCGGGCAGAUAAAACCAGAAUUGUAUAAGCAACGCUCAGGCGAGUCAGACUCCAAAAAAGGGGAAGCCCAGAGUUGUGGGCGGCUGAGUUUCGGCCUGCGCUACGCCUACACCACGGAGCAGCUGGUGGUGAGGAUUCUCCGGGGCGUGGACCUUCCCGCCAAAGACGCCAAUGGCUUCUCCGACCCCUAUGUAAAAAUGUACCUGCUCCCUGACCGGAAGAAGAAGUUCCAAACCAAGGUGCAUCGCAAGACGCUGAACCCUGUUUUCAACGAGACUUUUAGCUUCAACGUCCCCUUUGCCGAACUGCCCUCCCGUAAACUCCACUUCAGCGUCUACGAUUUUGACCGUUUCUCCCGCCACGACCUCAUUGGCCAAGUCGUUCUGGACAACUUGCUGGAGCUGGCGGAACGGGACACUGACACGCCCCUCUGGAGGGACAUCAUGGAAGCCAGUUCGGAAAAAGCGGAUUUAGGGGAGCUGAAUUUCUCCCUUUGUUACCUGCCCACAGCUGGGCGCCUCACAGUCACCAUAAUUAAGGCCACCAACCUCAAAGCCAUGGAUCUAACUGGAUUUUCUGAUCCCUACGUCAAGGCUUCCCUCAUGUGUGAAGGGCGGCGGUUGAAGAAGCGCAAAACAUCCAUCAAGAAGAACACUCUCAACCCCACUUACAAUGAAGCUCUUGUCUUCGACAUCCCCCAGGACAGCAUGGAGCACGUCAGCAUCACAUUGGCAGUCAUGGAUUAUGACUGCAUUGGACACAAUGAAGUUAUUGGGAUGUGUCGGGUGGGGAGCGAUGCCGACACCCCAGGGAGAGAGCACUGGGCUGAGAUGCUGGCCAAUCCACGGAAACCCAUUGAACACUGGCAUCAGCUUGUGGAGGAAAAGACUUUGAACAGCUACAUCAACAAGAAUCCUCCAGCACGGGACAAACCCAGCAUCAUAGUAGAAACCAUUCAUUCAGACUAAGGCAACAUCAGCCCUUCACCAGCAGGGACUGGUUCCAGUGAUGUGCUCUUGGAAGUUCUGGACUAUUUGUUUCCUCCGGCCCAUCCUGGAGGAGCUGCCAGCAGGGGGCGUCAGAGAAUGGGUGGCAAGCUUCUGCCUGUUCUCCGUUCCCAUCUCCCCCAGGAAGCUGCUGCCUGUCGCAUUUUUUUUCUAAAGCCAUAAAGGCAGCCAAGAAGGAGCAUUUUUAAUGCGGGGAUGGGGUAGGGAAUGUGUGCAAGUAGAUGUCUGGCCUGGAAGACCCUUCCCUCUACCCUCCCCCAGUCAUUUUACACAAAGGGAGGGAUGAUCUUUUGUGACAUGCAUGUUUUUGGAAGUCUAUCCUCUGGAAGGGUCUGGCUUGAUGGUAGAGUGGUGUCACCUCUGUGUUCUGACCCAAGGUCCCGUGGCUUUACGAAGCUGCAUGAUGAGUGGCGAUUCAACGGGGGCACCUGCACAAGAGAUCUGUAGUGGUGGCAGCUGAUGAGUUCUGACUAUUAAAAGCUGAGGGAAAACAGUGGGCAGUUUUUGCUGGGAGCCCCCUUCUCCCCAGAAAUCCCCUGCUUCCUCUUCCCUCACUCCAUCCCAUCGAUGGGUUGUAGCUCCCCUCCCAGCUGUGAAUUUAAAACGAACUGGCCAUAGACUCUUGUUCAGAAGAGCUCCCUAACUCCUCUCUUUUUAGUUCUUCUGAUAGGCUUCUUGGUGGUUGGAAAUGUCCCUUCUGCUGCCCAGUAUGAUAUCUGUGAGGGGAAGGGGGUGAUCCUUCCUUGGCCAGUAUGCAUGCAGGACCCUUUGCCUCAAUCUGCAUGAACUUCCAACCUAGGAGGAGAAAGACAAGGAAUGAUGGAACAUUUCCUUCCCAUCCUGUCUAGGGGGUAGCAUUGGAACUGGCAGAAGGGGAAGACACAACAGUCAGGUCCUCCCCACCCUCCUGUUGAGAAUGACUACAGAGUUCCUUGACACAAAAUAGGAAAGGGCUUUUGACAUUACCAAAAAAAAAAAAAAGUCUCCCUAAUGGACGUCAGGCCCAGUCCUUUCCUCCUUUCAACCAGAUUUGGACCUGUCAGAACUUCCAAUGGAGGCAGGCAAUUCUGGACUCUUUUGUGUAUGCGUGUGUAAGUGUUACAGGGGUUAUCGUGUCUCUCGUUUGCUGCCUUCACUAAGCCUAGUUGAUUUUGGUUCUUCUGGGGUUUGCAUGGUUGCCUUCCUCCCAAGUUGGGCAGGGAGCAGUUCCCAGACUAAGCUGGGAGAAUGCCCAGUCUGAGAACCUAGGUGUCUUAGUUCUGCCCCUGCUUGUGUUGCUCUUUCCUUAAUCUAUCUCCCCCACCCACCCAAAUUUCUUCUUGUUUGGAAUGUCAAACUUUGAUUUUUGUCUCUCCCUCCCCAACGCACGUCCAUUUGUCAUUUUGUCUUCGUCUUUGAGAUUCUGUCCUGUUUAGGGUUGGUUUGGGGCCCGUUUGUUUUUUAAGUGUGUGCAACAAAGGGGUGGGGAAAACAAAAAGAGUGGGGAACCCUACAGCCCUGCUUCCUAAACCUCUGCCCCCCUUUUCUUUUGGAAAAGCCAUAUGCCUCCCCCCGCCAUUGCUUGGGUACAACCUCCCCAGCUUCAGUGGGGGAGGGGAGGGGGGCCCCGGAAGGUGAUCUCUCUUUGCAAUAGGUUUGGAACUUGAAGCUGCUGCUAAACCGUGACAUCAAUAAAAAUGGGAAGAAAAACAAA